AUGGUUCAAGUGGUGCCAACGGAGGGGAGCCCUGUGGAAGGAGAAAAUGCCGGCAAGGAUCAUGCUUCCCCCAACAAGAAUGGCAGCAGCGACAUUGUAGACACUGCCAACAAUGACAAGAAUCAAGGGCAAAUGCAAACGGGCAAUGACGCCAAAAAAGCGCCGUCAUCAAGUCCACCCGCAGCACGCACUGCCGAUGGAGCAUCUGCGGGGGAGGAGGGGAAGCUGCACGUCGGCAGUGGGGCCGCAACCGAUGCCGAUGUAUCUGCCGCUGCCGUUGAUGGUGACAACAAGCCGCAGCAGCAGGCACUGCCAGCGGCCACAAAGGACCCAUCCAACCCCGCUCAUGCUGACGAGACACAACAACAGGCAUUGCCAGGGGUCAUCGCAGACUCUUCCGAACCCCCAGAUGACAGUGUCAAGCCUGAUUCCCCCGUAGACCCUACGGCUAGUACUGGCGAUCCUUCCAAACCCCCUGAUGGUGACGAGUCCCAGCAGCAGGGAACAUCGGCGGUGCAUACGGCGGAAGACGGCGGGGGUCCGGAAGCAGUACCCGCGAAGUCGCAACUCCCACCCCCCACCUUGGAGAUGGACAAGCACAGCGGGAUGACCACCUUUUCACUCAUGCGCCAGGACGAGGAGGGGUCGAGCCUGGACGCGUCUGACGCGGGCAAAGCCGCCGUUCGCGGUGAACAAGAAGAUGGUCAAUACAAUAAGGGAGAUGGAGCUGUGGAAAUUCUAGCACAAGAACAGGAGGGGUUUGACGGCGAGGGGGAGUCAGAGGAACCAGUGGGUACCACCUUUGCCAGGCGAGGAACGCGCAGGUUCGUUCGUCAAGGCACGGGUAUCAGCAUGGCUGACGGCGUGUCGCCGGAAGGCAAAAAGAAAAAGAAAGCGCCAUUUCACGUCCCCCCAACCAUGUACAUGGGACACCCCGUUGGAAGCAUGGCGGCAGAGUUCUUGGAGCGGCAGAAGCACAGGUUGGUGGACGUGAAGAACCGGCGGGAGGAGGUGGCCGGGCUGUUAAAGUUGGUUGUGGACCAUAACCCUCGAAACACCGGUUCAGACGCUCCCGACAUCGACAAGGUGUUUCCGGACAAGCGUGGGAGAGACAAUAGCCAGGGGGAUUGGUGCAUCUGAAAGGGAUUAAUAGUCCAUAUGUCUGCGUGUUGUUACUUGUUGUUUCUACUGGCCAUCGUAUUGCUGUGCGUGUUCUUGUUCUGGAUGCUAUGGCGAGAUUGGUAGAGUGAGAGGGAGUAACGGUUCUUGUCGAAAACGGAUAGACCUCACUCUUUCCGCCGCCACCACCCGUGUUAGAGGGAGGCCCGAGUUGGAUGUGGAUGUGAUGUCGCAAUUUUCCACCGCUGAUAGCAAAAACUCUACGCGUACCU